AUGAAGUCACUUCAGCACAGGGUGCCCUUCGCCGAACUGCCCAUGGAUGAGGAUGAAGCUUCAGAGGAUGAGGAAGAUGACAUUGGAGUUGGACCCAUUGAUGAUGAUAACUUCACCUAUGCACCAUCCAAAAGUUUCGUCCUCAAGGUGACCUCGACACCCUGCGCAACUGACCGCACAGUGCCCAAGGUGGGUGAGGACUUCACGGUGGGUGGUUUGACUGCCCUUGUCCAGGAUGUUGCCAUCAGCGAUCCGUCAGCCUUUUCUGCUGCACAGAUACCCCCCGUAGAGCCGCUUGCCGAGCCACCUCAACAAGUUGAGCAGCAGCAGCCCAGCCAUCCUGGUGUGCCACUUCCUCCUGGUACAGACACUGCUGCACCUCUUGCCACUCGCCGAUUCUCCGUUGCAGCUGCUGUGGACUUGAGCACUAUCUACGAGUGCAGCAAAGAAGGCAAAUCAAGCAGCAACAGUGGAGGCAGCACCUGUUCAAGCAGCUCCUCGUCUCACCAUUUGGCGGCUGGGUCCACACUGAGUACUACAGCCCGACCCCCCACAGGUGGCACCCUGCCUGCUGUCCAGGAGGAACCCGACAACGAUGGUGGUGUCUCCUUGGUGGCAGCAGCCAUGCCAGAGCAGUCCCAGGAACAGGGCGAAGAGACGGAGCAAGCAGUAAGUGCUGUGGCCUGUGAAGACCCAUUCUCAGAGGAGAUGCGAAGCAUUAUCUUGGCAUCGUGGCAGCCGCAGAAGAGCGACCAACGAAAGCUGUUGGAGUCCCCUGCAAAGCGUCCAGUUCUCAAGGGGGAUGCGCAGAUCACUCUGGGGGACCACGAAGUGAAGGUGCUUCGCCACGUGGCAUCAGGUGCUUAUGCACGAGUGUAUCUGGCCCAGAUGGUGAAAUCUGAAGAGACCUACUUGGAUGAUGAUGAAAGCUUUGAAGCACCUUCUCAGGUGAAGGUUGUGCUGAAAGUAGACGACAACAAUGGAAAUGCCUGCUGGGAGUCCUACAUAUGCUGCGAACUGCACCGGCGCCUCAGCGAAACCUCUGGAGCAUUUACAAAGGUGUGCCCCCAUGGCACUCUAUUGGAUCUGGUGACCCAGUUCGAAAAGCAUUGUCGCAGCUCCGUACCCGAGUGCUUGGUGCUCUACUUUGCCCUCGAGUUCAUCACCAUCCUGCAACAAGUGCACUUGUGUGGCAUCAUCCACGCAGACAUAAAGCCUGACAACGUCCUCAUCAUAGACCUUCCGAGCAAGGCAGGCUUCCUGGACAGCUUUUCCGAGCAGGGCCCCAGCUGCCUGCAGUUGAUUGACUUUGGGCGUGCGAUCGACAUGAGCCAGUUGCCGCCUGGCACGGCAUUCUCCUAUGUGGUCACCACAGAAGGGUUCGUCUGCACCGAGAUGCGCGACAAUCGCCAGUGGACAUUUCAGACUGACUGGUUCGGCCUGUUGGGUUGCCUGCACGUGCUCCUCUUUGGGCACUACAUGGAAAUCGAGAAGAGGUCCGACGGCACCUGGGGUAUCCGAAACAAGUUCAAGAGGUACUGGCAGCAGGAUCUGUGGAACAGACUCUUUUCGACCCUCCUGAACAUUCCCAGCUGCUCGGAGCUGCCCGACCUGAUGCCUUUUGUGCUGGAGAUCCAGAGCCUGCUGCGCAACAAGUCACGUGCUCACAGUGUCGUCGUGGAAGCCCUGCGUGCCAAGAACUUUUAA